GUUGGCUUCAAGGCUCUUUGUCAACACGUUGCUUCCAAGUUGCAAGCACGAGAAGCAGACUCUACAUACAUCCUCACAAUAACUUCAAGAUCCAUUCUAGCCGGCAACCAUCGAUUACGUACUGGAAAAAAAGUCCCAUAUUAUGGAAGAGGUUCACCGAAAGGACUUUGUCGCCAUCGCCAGGGCUCUUGCUCCGCCAGCGUCGUCACCCCCCGAUCCGUACCGCCGUGUGCGAACUGAGCUUCUUGCUGCUGUGAAAGACGGACCACAUUCACCACAAUGCCCAUUCGUGUCAUUCGCACCGGCGGCGCCAAAUGACCUUCUCAACAUGAUUGGGACAAUCGCUGGCCCGAAGGGCACACCUUAUGAGGGGGGCUUGUUCCAGAUUUCUCUCUCUAUCCCCUUGUCGUAUUCGAGCCAGCCCCCCGAUUGUCGAUUUGUGACCAAGAUCUGGCAUCCGAAUGUCGGCCACGAUGGCAGGAUCUGCUUGAACAUCUUGGAUGAGGAUUGGAGCAAGGCCCUUUGUAUCAGAGUGGUUCUGAUCUCGGUUGCUGCAUUGAACGGAAGCCCUGGACAAUUUAUGGAAGAGGGCGGGACAUCAAUGCCAUUGCGGCCAGAGGCGGCACAGAUGUGGUUGGAGAACUCGGCAGAGUUUGAGAAGACUGCCCAGGAGUGGACUCGCCGAUAUGCCAUGUCUUUCCAGACCGAGGGUUAGUUGGUAUCACUGAGAGACAGAAAGCCUGCAAGAGAGAUUCGAAUUCGAACUACAACCACACAGUAACCAGACUCAUGCAAAGUAGUAUUUCUUGUUUGGUAGACAGAGAAAG